GUUACUAAAAAAAAAUGGCAGACUAGCUAUUGUUCUACCAGAAGGAAUUUUUGGCAACGAAAGCGACAGUUAUCGAGAAAUAAGAGAUUUUUUAUUAGAAAAUUAUAGUUUGCUAGCAAUAUUUAGCAUUCCGCAAGAAACAUUUGAACCAUUUACCGGAAAUAAAUGCUCUAUUUUAAUUUUAGAAAAUAAAAAAUAUGAAGAAGCAAGUAAAGUUAUUUUUGCUAAUAUUCAAAAAAUAGGACACAACAAAAGAGGGGAAACGUUGUAUAGAUACAAUAAUAGCGGCAUUCCUUUGAAAGAUGAGGAGGGAAAUUUU